GGUUGAACGUCGCCAUGUGACAGCCUCGGGGUAAUGUGCCGGAUGAAGUCUGUCAGAAGAACUUCUUGCUUUGGUUUUGCUUUCCAGCCUGGGAGCCUCGUACCCACCGGCAACCAGGAGAGCGUAGCAGGUUAUCGACUCAGCGCUGAGGAUUAGCUAAGAUUUCUAAGCACGGGGGCCUGUGAUUUGUCAUUUGCCCAUGACGGAUUUCUGAACAGAGGCCAUUGGGGCGCCCAACCACCUUCCCACCCCAGCAAACGUCAUGCUCAUUACUCUCUGCUACGUUUAUAUGUGGCUGCGUUUCAGAUCUUCAUACGCUUUGCUGAUCCGCAGCUGUGUGCGUCGGCUGCACAGGACCAGUUCUUUCACCUUUUCUACUCAACCCACUCAGAGCUCUAGAGGAAUCCAAGAGACAAAGGAAGAUAAGUUCUACCUGAAAGUGGGCAGAAAGCUCUUCCUCAUUGAGGGUUCCCAGCUCUUUGAAGAUCUGAACAAAUGGAAUCUUCUCCUUGAAUCCCCCGGAGAUAGUGAUCUGAGAAAAGGACAGAUUACUUUUAUCACUGAGAGUGUCUCUUUACCAAGUGAAACCUUAUCACCCUCAUCAAACUCUUCCAAAAAGGUUCACAAACUGUCCGAAUACUGUUUGCUUCUGGCCCGGUAUCAAGAGGAUCACUCCAAGCUGCUUGCGGAAGCCAGUGUAGAUAACUUCAGCGAGCUCGGCAUAGCGUUUAUGGAAAACAGACUGCUAAUGGACAAUGGGUCACCACUUCAUAAAAUCACAUCUGUUUAUCUAAAGGAGUCGUCUCUGAAGGCACAAGACACAAAGGAGACCAAUCUCAACACCCCAGAGAGCCGAACUGACCCAGAUUUGACUCAAUCUGUUGAACAAGAAACUAUGGGUACGGCUGAGAGCAGUGCGGCCUCUGAUAAAGUCGAGGAGGUGGAAGUCCACCGUCAUCUUCAUCUGUCUAGUUGCCACGAGUGCUUGGAACUGGAGAACCGCACCAUAGAGUCAGUCCGGUGUGCCUCCGAAGAGAACAUUCCUGACCUCCCAGAUGAUUUCAGCAGCAUAGAUGACAGUUUAGAGCAGGGUGAAGAAAAGAACCAUGGCAAACUUAAUGUGACCGGGAAACCACCCAAUGUCCUUAUAUACUGUGGCCCGGAAACCGGGGGUCGAUUCCAAGAAAUCAAGUCUGUUCUCCUACAGUGUUUCGAUUCUUCUAGGUACGUCAUUUAUCCUCUUCCGGAAGAUCAGGUUCUCAAAGCUCCAUGGACAGAUAACUGCUUGUUAUUGGUGGUGGCCUCUGACCAUCCAGUUUCCAAUCAAAUUAUUGAGCAGUUCCUAAGUUAUUUGUCCAAAGGUGGAAAGAUUUUGGGACUUUCUUCCUCCUUUACUUUUGGCAGUGUAUCAGUAACCAGCAAAUGUGAACUGGAAGGGUCUAUCCAGCCUCUGGUUUUUGGGAGACCCAACUGUGACCUUGUCAGUUUGCAUGCGGUGGCCAGCGGCAAUGUCUUCGAGGAACUUUCUAGUGAAGACUCUACCCAGGUGACUGGAUGGGGGUAUUUAAACAAUGACAACAAAGACUUGAUUCUGGUUCACCAGACCUUUGGCGAAAAUGGAGGGGAAGCUGUUCUUUGCCAGGUAAAACUUGAAGCCUCUCCAGAGUCUGUUAGUGAGGAUGACACGGGGACCUUUGAAUCUCUCAAGAAAAGCAACCCCCAGAGAUACGAAGUCCUGACCCAGAUCCUCAUCAGCCUCAGUCUGGAUUGUGAAUUGGCCUCGCCUCCUGCGCUGACUCCUGUUUACUUACUCACUGCUGAGGAGAGUCUUCAUGCUGAUGUUCUCCAGUGGCUCAAAACGUGCACAGACAGCAAUGGGUUGAUAAAGUCUGCCAAGAUGUCUCUGAAAGUCUACCCAUCACUCCAGCCUGACAUAGAUGUAAGCCCAUCCUUGGCACCUCUUUUUACCGACCCAAAAAGCUUUUUGUGUGAAGAAUUCAGUGUAGAGAGGUACAAUGAAAGCCUCUGCACAGAAAAGCUUGGCAAAAUUGUGCUCUUUGCUGAAGUUACAACCACAACGUUCAAUCUCCUGGAAGGGCUGAUGUUUCACGAACCCAAGGAAAUGGGGUUAAUCGCCAUCACAGCUCAUCAGACUCAAGGCAAAGGGCGAGGAGGUAAUGCUUGGCUCAGCCCUAAAGGAUGUGCCUUAAUGACGUUACACGUCUCAAUCCCAUUGUUAUCGGUGCUGGGCCAGAGGAUCGCUUUUGUACAACACCUGAUGUCCCUGGCAGUGGUGGAAUCUGUGAGGUCCAUACCUGGAUAUGAGGAUAUUGACCUGAGAGUAAAAUGGCCUAAUGACAUUUACUAUGGUGAUAUGAUGAAGAUUGGUGGGGUUCUGGUGAAUUCUACGCUCAUGGGAAAUACUUUCCACAUUCUAAUUGGCUGCGGGUUCAACGUCAGCAACAGUAACCCAACUGUUUGUAUCAACGAUCUCAUUGCGCAGCAUAACAAGAGCUAUAGAACAAAUAUUGAACCACUGAGGGUGGACACGUUGAUUGCCAGAUCUGUGACGGCAUUAGAAGGGCUCAUAAAGACAUUUCAGAGCAAAGGACCAGAUGGAGUCCUACCUGCUUAUUAUAAAUAUUGGCUGCACAGUGGUGCUAAGGUCCGACUGGGUGGGGACGACGGUCCGUUAUCUUGGAUAAUUGGAGUAGAUGACUCCGGGUUCCUUCAGGUUCUACAAGAAGGGAAGGAAAUUGUCUCAGUGCAUCCUGAUGGCAACUCUUUUGACAUGCUCAGAAACCUCAUUAUACCAAAGAAAUGAUGGACCCUAAAUGGUGCCUAUAAUACUAGAGAAGUACCCAUAGCAUUUCAGAUAGAACAUUUUAUUUUUAAAAGACAUUCAUAACUAUAACUUCUUUUUUUUUUUUUUAUAAAUAAAAGUAAAGAAUAUAUCUGAAUUUGAAAUAUAUUUUGGCACAGACACAUCAAUUGGAGAACAAUUUUUCAGGAUGACCAUGGGUGGUCAAGUCACAGAAGAAGCUUUCCGAAGCACUGAUCCUGCUGUGUAGUUUGAUACAGCUUCCAGCACUGUUAUUAUAAGAAGAUAUUGAGUUAGUAGUAAUGCUAGAAGAGAUGCCUUCAUUAUUUGAAGUCUAACUCUCUGCUGCAGAGAUGAGCCUUCUGCAUGUUUCUAUCGCAAACAUUUUGCCUUGAAGAAUCAACAAAGGGAUCGGAAUCCACAAGAUGUGUUCCAGCAUAUCAGUUCUAGACGAAUGUGUUUUCUGAAAUUUGACUGCAUAUAUACAUCAUUGAAGGAAGUGUCUGAAAGCCUGAUGACUGUGUAUGAACUUUGAAGAAAAAUUCUGCAACUUGUCACCUCUCCCUUUCUGGAUCCUACACACAGAGGAGCCUACAGAGUAGCAAAUAUGGUUCAUGAGAGUGAGAGGCAGAAAGAUUGUUUACAGUAGGGUUAGAUGGCCUACAGUAGUACAAUGACCUACAGUGAGGUAAGAUAAGAUUGUUAGGACAAAACGGCAACAGUAGGGCAAGAUUGAGUAUUAAUAUGGUGUUUUAGUAAAGAUGGAGUUAUAGUAUAUAGAUUGAGUAAUAUGGUAGUAAUAAUAAUAAUAAUACUUUACAUCAGUGUUGCCCAACCUGAGUCUCUCAUCUGAGUUAUGCCACCACUAUAGACAGCACUGACCUUAUGCUUCUGUGACUGGGUCUUCUGGCCACUUCUGUGUUCCUUGAACCAGUGGGGUCCUAGGCAGGAGCUUAGACUACCUUAUGCAUAAUCUAGAUCUGAAUCAAGCAAUACAGAAGGCAAUGCGCAGGUUAUUGACUCUCCAUGCAGCUAUAAACUGUGCUAAGGGGAUGCUGGGUUUUGCACUUCAACAACAUUUGAUAGGCACAGGUUGGACAUCCCUAAUUUCUUCAUCUUGGAGACAGUCUUGUGUUUAAUUUCCACUAUUCACUUAAUUUCCUGAAAAUUAACCAAAAUCUUUUUAUAUUUAAAGAACCAGUAACACCAGAAAAUGCCCCAAAUGGAUGUGUACAUCUUAUAUUCUUAAACACUGAUUUUGGGAGGUUGUAGAACAUGGAUCUUUGCAAAAUCUGCCUACCUAAGUAAUGGGCCAAAUUGUCCAUUUAAUUUUUGACCCCUUGGGCCAACAAUCAGAACACAUAAGGACCCCGUUGUGGACUCAUCAGGUGAGGAUCCCAUCAAAAGCUUAUUGCAGUCCUCGUCCAUCAGGAUUUUUCAUCCUUCCUGAUCAAUAUCUGUCUAAGGACAGAUACUGGCCGUGAUGGCUGUCAUUAUGGGCCCAUAUUGGUGCCAGUAAGCUGCCAUUGUUGUCAAUAGUGACUGACUUAGUUGUAAUCAAAAAAAAAAAAGCCUAUGUUUUUUUAAUUUAACAAUUGUGUAUCUUUUUGUAGAAAGCAUGAUAUUUUUUAGUUAAAUACACAUAUACUUGCACUUGUUUUUGUAUAGAAAACACUAAAAUGGGACCUGAGGCUGAAUGGACAGGAAGUUUAUGCAAGAGACAACCACAAAUCAAUAUAACCACGGCUUACACCUUAAAUUCACUUUAAUUUUUAGUGCUACUGCUUCUUUAAAGGGGAAGUCAUUUCAGUGACUCUGAAACUGGUGUUCACUUUUUUUUUGGUGAUUGAAUUAUUUGCCUUUUUUCUGAUUCUGUCCAUACCAGAAAGCAAAAUAAUAGAUGAAAUAGCAUAUCCAUUCAGGCAUUUUCGAAAUUCUCAUUCAAACAGAUGACUGGGUGUUGGGGAUCUAGGCAGCUAAUUCAAUCUCCAAAAAUUUAGUUUGCCUUGAACUAUCACUAGCAAAUGAUGAACAAUGUUAAUAAACAAUCACCUUGA